CUAUAUGUCUCCAACCGGACUACUAGGUUUAUCUCUCUAAUAGCGUACUCCCAAAAUUCUCGUCAUCUUCUUCAUCGAGUUUCCAGGCUCCUCCAAUGGCAUCCUCAUCUGCUCUCAAACGCUGGCUUAGACCCGAGGUUUAUCCUUUAUUCGCGGCCGUCGGUGUGGCUGUUGGUAUUUGCGGGAUGCAAUUGAUCCGAAACAUAUGUACCAAUCCCGAAGUCAGGGUGACCAAGGAAAACAGGGCGGCAGGAAUUUUGGAUAACUUUGCUGAAGGAGAGAAAUAUUCUCAGCAUUCAGUGCGAAAGUUUGUUCGUGGCAAGUCUCCAGAGAUCAUGCCUAGAAUCAACAAUUUCUUCACUAGUCCCGAAAAUUAAACUGCUAGUGGAAUAAGAUUCUGUGCUUGUUAUCAUUCAUAAAUCAUGACUGUGAUCAUCGAUCAUUUGAAAAAUUCGAUACUGUUUAUGAUUUCGCCUUGUGAUUUGAAGUUGGACCAUACUUUAAAUAAAUUGUUGAAAACAUAUCAAUUGAUAUUUGCUUUGCCA